AUGCUGCAGAAGAAAGAACCAAGUUCUGCUCCAAUGGCCGAGAAAACCCAAUAUGCGAACACGGCUCUAGACGAGAUCCCAGAGGAUGGGGUCGCGCAAAAUCAGCAAUUGCAACAGAUGUCUCAGCAGAAAUCGGAGGUCGAAUCUAGACCUCACUACCGCACCUACGACAAUGGCAGAUCUUAUCCCAUCCGCGAGUCUAGAAUUAAGGAUAGGCCAGCGAGCAAGGGAGCUAGGGAGGGAAGCAUAAGCAUUAAGAUUGAAUUGGAUCUCGAGGUUGAGGUUGAUCUGUAUGCCAGAGUGAAGGGAGACGUCACGAUCGGGUUGAUGUGAAGUGCUGGCCUUUUGUUAAACAUUUGCGGAGGUGUUUGCAGCUGGGAAGAUUGGAUUCGGGAUCAAUAUUGCGUCCAGAGUGGCAGGGGAGGUUUUCUAGGAACGGGCAUUGAUUAUGGCGUUGGGCAAUGGGCGA